GCAGUGACGUACAUUUGCAAUGGGAAAUUCCCCUGGUGACUUCAUCAGUACAUAAUAUGAGUAUUCUAUCUCAACCUCUCUGUCCUAUUCAUAAGAUUUACGAACCAGGGUAAGAGUUGUAGGAACUAUUGUGAAAGGACUGCGCGUCACCAGAGCGCAGUGAGGGCAACGCUGACGCUCAUGAAGCUACUCUGCGCCAUUUUGACUACUGGCAGCCGGCUAGCUGGGCAAGAGGCCAACUCCUGUUCAACUUUCAAGGAUGUUUAGGGCCCCGUGGGUCCUGACUUGGUCUUGUCCCAUAAGGCCAUUGCUGCUACGACAAUCGCCCGGCUCUGCUUUGUCUAAACACAGUACUGCUGGAUGGCAGGGUGUAAGAGAUGUAAAGAAAAGGAGUUUUGAAACGACCGGAGGAAUAAAGGAGGGGUCAUCACUAAAUACAGAGACUUUAUCCUGUUUAGCACAGCUGCCUUUAUGUAACGUGGACUGUAAUAAUCAGAAUCUAGAAGAUGCUUCAUUUCAAAACCUCCUAUCCAAAGCCAGCAAUCAUCAAAUCCCUCAGGUUUCUGGCUAUGCAAAAACCAAACAAGCGUACCCCUCUUUGAAAUGCACUGUCGUGAAAGCUACAGUUCAAAAUCUCAUGACUGUGAGCACUUACCAGAACUGUUUUAUCAACACCACUUCUCUUCAACACUGGAGACCGGCUUGGGAUGUUAACCAACUGUCACUCAGUUUCACCUAUAAGACUCAGUGUAACUUUCUUCAAAGCCAUUUAUUUAGCAGACCGCACUUUGUUAGACCUUUCAGCUUGUCGACACAUAGGCCAUUGAUUGUAAAACAAUUUGAGAGCAGACAACAACCCUACAGCCUCUCUUCCCACAAAACCAGAGCCGUUCAUCAGGCUGCCCCUCAGGUGGCUGACACCUGGAGAGACUGUCUGUCGCAGGAUAAUGAAAACAGGUGUCGACAGAGACUGGGGCCCAACGUGAAGCUGUAUGAAAUAGAUAAGGGGAAACAACGGGCAAGCCAGGGAAAGAACCAGGGGAGAUGGGCGUCAGUCCUGGUUUCUCUGUGCUCUGAUCACGGGGAGCCAGCAUUUCUCUUUACUCUCCGCUCCAGCACACUGAAGGGCAGGCACAAGGGAGAUGUCAGUUUUGCGGGAGGAAAGAGUGAUCCAUCAGAUGUGAAUGUGGUGGACACAGCGUUGAGGGAAGCCAGGGAGGAGCUGGGUGUUUCUGUGGCAACAGAGAAUGUCUGGGGCAUCCUGAAGCCUCUCAGGGACAUGUCAGGGAUGAUGAUCGCUCCUGUGCUAGCUAACCUUGGGCCCCUAGAGAGAUGUCCUUCAAACCAAACCCUGGAGAGGUGGAGGAGAUUUUCACCCUGUCCUUGUCCCACUUGUGUAACCCCCAGAACCGUGGCUACACACACUUUCGCACCGGCAACAAGUACGGAUACACCCUCCCAGUGUUUCGUAAUGGGAAGCAUCGAGUGUGGGGUCUGACAGCCAUCGCCCUAGACCACACCCUCAAGCUGAUUGUCCCUUCUUAGCAGCAACUUCUUUAAAUUAGACGGUACACCUGUAAUGUGACUUGAAGAUUUCAUAAUAACUUAUGUGCAAUCAAGCUCUGGAAUCGUUAAUGAUUUCAUUUAUGAAGGUUAAAACCUCUCCAGUAAGGAGAAGGAUUUUUCCAUUUCUGCACUUUCUGAGACUCGGCUUAAUAAGGAUUUUUUCUUGUCUAUAAAGAGCACCAGCUGUGUUGACGUUGUUGAUAAAGAGCUGGUGUUGGAUAUCUGUCAAUAAGUUGAAGAGAUAUGUAGUAACAACAUUGAAAUGCUAAUACUUUAUUAUACCUCAUUGAUUUUUACCUGAACACUAUUUCAGUAUUUCCAUAUGUUAUGGACUGCUUUCGUUUUCAAAUUCGUUCACAUCCUUUUUAAUUAGGCUUGAAAUCUUAUGUUACCAAAUAAAAGGAUCUAAACAAAGAUUACGUUUUCCUUAUGCGUUUCAAAUGAAACUAGUUUGUCUUACAUUUUAUCAUCAGGGCUCGGUUAUAACAUUGAUUCAGCUCAUGCAUGUUUGGUUUUGCUCUAGAAAUAAUUCUGGACUGUUAUAGACACUGAAUUGAUAUAAGCGCAUUAUGUGGCUGGUUGAUGAACAAUGCAAUAAAGGUUGUUUUAAAAGUA